AUGGCUCAGAUCAAAGAGUUGAACGCUCAUGAGCGCCCCCCGGAGGCGGUUCGGCAAUGCUAUAAAAGAUACAGUCGGAUUACUGUCGCAGAAAUUGACCAUGCCCCCGGAGUGCUGGAUCUCCAACGACUGGAUGAAGCCAAUCUCCCCGCAGGCGUAUCCGUCUCUCAGUAUAUGUCCAGUCAGGACCUGCGUCUGGCAUUCGACGACUUCAUCCAGGGACAAGACGCAAGGAAUGUCAAACACGCCCCACAGGCUGAGAAUAUUCCUGUCUUCACACAUGACGCAGUCUCCGGUCAGCAUUCGACUCGCUCCCGCGAACCCCGAAAAACUAACUUGCUGCGACUUCAAAGCAACCUAACUCCAGACAGGCCUCUUGAUGAUCCCGGCGCUCUUCCCCCUACCAUACAGACUGAAUUGUUAUCUCGCCUUCUACAUCGCGACCUUCCAAACCCCAAUCACAAAACCAACUUGCACCUUCACUAUGACGUGACAUACCCCACUACCUGUCCCGAGAGCGAGGCCCGUCCAUCUUUUUUCGCAGAUGACUCUACGCGCAUGAUCCAGCCCAAGGAUCCUCAAGUGCAUAAACCGAUGAGCAUACACAGUGUGUUGGAGAAGAAGCUCCGCUGGGUCACGUUGGGCGGACAAUACGACUGGACUGCCAAGGUCUACCCAGCGGAGCCUCCUCCGCCUUUCCCACAAGAUGUGGCGAAGUUGCUAAAGGCGGCGUUUCCCCAGACGGAUGCGCAGGCCGCCAUUCUCAAUCUCUACUCCCCCGGAGAUACACUGAGUGCCCAUCGCGAUGUGAGUGAGGACUGCGACGUAGGGCUGAUCAGCGUAAGUUUUGGCUGCGAUGGACUCUUCUUGAUCAGUCACGACGACGGCAAUGGCGCAGAAGUCAUUCGACUGCGUUCAGGCGAUGCCGUGUACAUGGAUGGCACAUCCAGAUUUGCGUGGCAUGGAGUGCCCAAGAUUCUACCAAACACAUGUCCCAGCUGGCUGUCAGAUUGGCCGUGCCCAGACGAGGCAUCGACUGAAUUUGAAAACCAGUACCAGAUGUGGAAGGGUUGGAUGUCUAGGAAACGGAUUAAUCUGAACGUGCGCCAAAUGACCUUUGGUCCAUGA